AUGGGCCAACCGCAGUCUGAGGAGGCAAAUGCAAAAGUCAUGGAGGAGCUUGCGGCUGAGUUGGCGGAGAGGCUGGCCACUGGUGAAGGCAAACUCCGUGAGUACUGGCGGAGCUUUGGCUUCAACUUGAAGGAGGGCUGGCGAGAGGAUGGCUUCACAGUCAUCGCAGAGGAAGCCUAUGUCAUGGCGCUGGCGCGUCGCUUCCGCCAGGGCGCAAUCUUCCAGUUCCAACGCCUCCCUGGUGGAGCUGCCUUUCGGAGGAAUACCGUUCCCGUGUGUUUGCCGAACACAGAUGCGGCUGUCAGUGUGGCCGUUUGCGAGAGGCCGCUGGAUGCAGGUGCUUAUGCCGACCCUCACUCGUGGGGCGACCGACAUGGAAAGCCGUGA